AGAAGUAGAAGAUCUGCUGAUGGUCAGUGCUGGAAGGAGACGAAGAGGAGCUGCUCUGCUGGAAAAAUGAGUGAGUGCAAGACGUCUCCUGAUGAGAGUAUCUGCUCUCCUGCACAGCACAUACUUACAUCCAGCAUGCACCAGGAGAUGCAGACAAGUGAAUCUUCCACGCUGCUGAAACCAGAAGAGAUUAAACAUGAGGACAUGGAAUCUGUAAUAAGCUCUUGCACUCAGGACACAUCCCCGUUUGAGGAACAUGAAAGCGACGAGAGUAUUCACCACUGCUCUGGGUGCGGAAAGAGUUUUGAUGAUCUGAGUAACAUCCAGCUGCACCAGUGCAUUCACACCGAAGAGAAUCCGUAUUACUACUUGGAGUAUGGGAAGAGUUUCAUCCUACACGGUCAUUUCCAAACACAGCUGCCUGUUCACAGCGAAAGAAAACGACAUCACUGCUUAGAGUGUGGGAAGAGUUUUAAAGAGCGAGGUCAUCUCCAAACACACCAGCGGAUUCACACGGGAGAGAAGCCGUAUCAGUGUUCGGAGUGCGGGAAGAGUUUUAACCAACAGAGUAAUCUCCAAGCGCAUCAGCGCGUUCACACAGGAGAGAAACCGUAUCACUGCUCGGUAUGCGGAGAGAGUUUCAGUAGACGGUCCAACCUCCAAAGACACCUGCCCGUUCACACAGGAGAGAAGCCGUAUCAGUGCUCAGACUGCGGGAGGAGCUUCAGAGAGCGAGGUCAUCUCCAAACACACCAGCGCAUUCACACCGGAGAGAAGCCGUAUCACUGCUCGGAGUGCGGGAAGAACUUCAGCAUACUGGGAAGUCUUCAAAGACAUCAGCGCGUUCACACAGGAGAGAAACCGUAUCAGUGCUCAGACUGCGGGAAGAGCUUUACUCUGCAGCACAGCCUCCACAUACACCAGCGCAUUCACACGGGAGAUAAACCGUACUGCUGCUCAGAGUGCGGUGAGAGUUUCACCAGACAGUACAACCUUCAGAGACACCAGCACGUUCACACAGGAGAGAAACCGUAUCACUGCUCAGAGUGUGCAAAGAGUUUUACUAGCUUGCAGAAUCUCCAGCUACACCAGCGCGUUCACACUUGAGAAGAUGCAUUAACUCAGCUUGAGCAGUCGAAGUGCUUUGAAGACACUGAUGUGCUGAGGAGGCAAAAACUCAUGUUUACAUUUGCUAUUUAAAUAUUUCCAAUCGAGGCAGUUGUUAACAUUGUAAAAAGAGAUCCUGACUUUCUCUUUCUUGUGUGAUUUGUACAAUACCGCUCACAAAUUUGGGUUUGCUUGGAUCAUAAUAAUAAUUGUUAUUCAGUAAUUAUGUAUAGUGUAGAUAGAAUUGCAAUAAACUAGACACCAAAACUGAAACCAGUACUUUAUUCACAGUUUACAGUAUUUUGGGAACAACAGAGUUAGGACAAAAAAGGUGUUAGUAAAUAAUAAGCUAUAAUUUACUGUUUAAUGGAGUUUGUUGUCACAAAAACACAACGAAUAGCUGUUUAAUUAGCAAGAUUUGGUCAUCGUUUUUCAAAUAUGAGGCUUUGUGGAUGUCAUUUUCUUUAUAAGUUCAUUUUCAAUGCUGCACAGAUUUCACAAUUAUCAUGAAAUCACUUACAGCUCCGUUUAUCAUCCAACAUUUCUUCAUUUUCACAGCUUCCUACAAACUGAGACUUAAAACUAAAUUAUUUCAUUGUAGAAUUAUUUUAUACACACAUCUUUAGAAGAAAUUGGUUUUAUCUGAAUGAAAUGAGUGACCCCAAAUUUUUGAGCAGUACUGUAUACUCACUGUUUUCCAUUGACUGCAGAUUUUAGUUCUUAUUUAAUACGUUUUCUAGAGGAAAUGAGCUGUAGACACCUGGUGGGUUUAGAAUUACAACAUGACAUUUUUGUUAAAAUGUAGUUAUGUACAUAUUGUUAAUGGGUUAGUACUGACUGUUGUUGCUGUGGUGAAAAUUUCUGAAACAAUCAAACGUUGUCAUAAGGCUCCAUGUGCAGUUUAGUCAGUGCGGCUGAUGAAUGUGGGUACGGCAAUUUUUGAUGUCCUCAAGUUCAGCAGUAAGUUGGUUAACUUGGUUAUAAAGCUAGAUUAAACUAGCUUUUAGACUUUUUUAUUUAAUAAAUGAGGUGCUAAUUACCGACAGUCUGUUGACACUUUGCGCUGGUGGCAGUGGCCAGUUUAGUGGGUCAUCUGCUCUACUAAAACAAACACAGGCACAGGAACUUCACUUAGAAAAAUGGGGUGUUUGGACUUACGAGCUGAAAAUGUGAUGGCAUUAGAUACAUUAAUCGUGGUAUUUAAGUAACUUUUUACUUAAAAUGGAUAAAAAUGAUUGAAAGUGCAUUUCAGUGAAUGAAAAUGGUUUAUGUUGAGCCAAAGACAAUCCCACUCCAACAAACUGAAAUAAACACUGUAAUAUUGAGAUUUUGUUCAAUCAGCAGUUGAACUUUAUGUUGAGAUAACAGAGUCUGUGUGUACUGACUCUACUCUGUUUGACUGAAUGGAAAUGUGUGGCAUAAUUAACUUCAGUUAAUACAAGAAGUUAAGCUAAUUAACAUAUGGUUAGUGAAAUAUGACCUGCUUUUUGGCUCACAUUUCUGCCUAGUACGCUAAAAGAGUAGGUUCUUCAAGGGUUCUUUUGUAAAGACAAUGGCUCUAUUUAAAACCAUGAACACUCAAAAGAAAAAUUUGCUUGAUUAAAGGGUUCUUUG